AUGGAAAACAAGGGAUCGAGGAGGAGGACAAGAGGGAAAGCCGACUUAGCCGGAACGUUACGGAAAUCAUGGUACCACCUUAGGUUGUCCGUACGUCAUCCGACUAGGGUUCCGACAUGGGACGCGAUCGUGCUCACGGCGGCUAGCCCCGAGCAAGCAGAGCUCUACGAGUGGCAUCUCAAGCGUGCCAAACGUAUGGGUCGGAUCGCCACAUCCACUGUCACUCUAGCCGUGCCCGAUCCGCAGGGUCAAAGGAUCGGUUCCGGAGCUGCCACUCUCAAUGCUAUCUAUGCCCUUGCUCGCCAUUACGAGCAGCUACGUCUUGAAGCCCUCGGACCACAGCAGGUAGCAAAUGCAAGCAAUUGCAGUUCUGAACCUUCCGUGCGGUGCAAAAGGUCCAAUGAUGAAGUUGCUGCCUCAAUGGUUACAUUCAUAGACAAAAAGCAUAUACUUUUGCUUCACGCAGGAGGUGACUCAAAAAGGGUCCCAUGGGCGAAUCCCAUGGGGAAAGUUUUCCUACCACUUCCCUACCUGGCAGCAGAUGACCCUGAUGGGCCAGUUCCCCUGCUUUUUGACCACAUACUUGCAAUUUCUUCUUGUGCAAGACAAGCAUUUAAAAAUGAAGGUGGGUUAUUUAUCAUGACUGGGGAUGUACUUCCUUGUUUUGAUGCUUCUUCUAUGGUUCUCCCAGAGGAUACAUCCUGCAUUAUCACUGUUCCUAUCACCCUUGACAUUGCUUCCAACCAUGGUGUAAUUGUGGCAUCUAAAUCUGGGAUUUUGGAAGAAGGCUAUUCAGUCUGUCUAGUUGAGAAUCUACUUCAGAAACCUAGCGUGGAGGAGCUUGUUGAGCAUCAGGCAAUUCUAGAUGAUGGAAGAACACUGCUUGACACAGGAAUAAUAGCAGUUAGAGGUAAAGCAUGGGUGGAUCUUGUCACGCUUGCCUGUUCCAGUCAAUUAAUGAUCUCAGAGCUCCUGGAAAACAGAAAAGAGAUGAGUUUGUAUGAAGAUCUUGUAGCUGCUUGGGUACCUGAAAAGCAUGAAUGGUUGCAACCACGCCCUUUGGGGGAAGAACUUGUCUAUAGAUUGGGAAAACGAAAGAUGUUCAGCUAUUGUGCUUAUGAUUUGCAGUUCUUGCAUUUUGGAACCUCAAGUGAAGUUUUGGAUCACCUGAGUGGGACUGAUUCAGGACUUGUUGGUCGUAGGCACCUGUGUUCCAUUCCAGCAACCACCGUGUCUGAUAUUGCUGCAUCUGCCAUUAUUCUGUCUAGUAAAAUUGCGCCUGGUGUCUCAAUUGGGGAAGAUUCUCUUGUAUAUGAUUCAUCCAUUUCUGAUGGGAUACAGAUUGGUUCUCAAUCUAUAGUUGUAGGGGUUAAUGUUCCCGGAAACAACAGUAGGGCAGCAGAGGAUUCAAUCAGGUUUAUGCUUCCAGACCGCCAUUGCCUUUGGCAGGUUCCCUUAAUAGGAUGUACUAAAAGGGUUAUUGUGUACUGUGGUCUCCAUGAUAACCCAAAAAUUUCACUUUCAAAGGAUGGGACUUUUUGUGGGAAACCCUGGAAGAAGGUCUUAGAUGAUUUAGGCAUUCAAGAAAGUGACAUGUGGAGCUUAACAGGUACUCAGGAAAAAUGCUUGUGGAAUGCCAAGGUAUUCCCCAUUCUUUCGUACUUUGAGAUGCUUAGUCUGGCGACAUGGCUUAUGGGAUUAAGCAACCAGAGAAACGAAUCCUUGCUUCUGCUAUGGAAAAGGUCGCACCGCAUCAGUUUGGAGGAGUUGCAUAAAACAAUUGACUUUAAACAAAUGUGUUUAGGUUCCAGCAAUCAUCAAGCAGAUCUUGCAGCUGGAAUUGCUAUGGCUUGCCUCAAUUUUGGCUUGCUUGGGCGCAACUUAUCUCAACUGUGUGAAGAAAUUUUGCAAAAAGAAGCAUCUGGGGUCAAGAUUUGCAGAGAUUUUCUAUACAGGUGUCCCAACCUUCAGGCAAAAAAUUCAAUGAUCCUACCUAAAAGCAGGGCAUACCAGGUGGAGGUUGAUCUUCUCCGAGCAUUGAGUGAAGAAACAAGGGCAUGCGAAAUGGAGCACAGAGUUUGGGCUGCAGUGGCCGAUGAAACUGCUUCGGCUGUGAGAUACGGAUUCAAAGAACAUCUCUUGGAGUCGUCCAAUAGGAUCUCUACCACAGCACAUCAAGGGAAUAAUUCUGAUGGUUUUCUAGAUAAAUCUUUCUGCUCUAGAAUAGUAAAGAUUGAGUUACCAGUGCGUGUGGAUUUUGUUGGGGGCUGGAGUGAUACUCCUCCAUGGAGCCUGGAGCGAGCUGGCUGUGUCUUGAAUAUGGCAAUAACUUUGGAAAGUUCUCUUCCCAUUGGUGCCAUCAUAGAGACAAUAAGAAGAACGGGUGUAUUAAUUAAUGAUGAUACUGGAAACCAGGUAUAUAUAGAAGAUCUUACGUGUAUUGCAACUCCAUUUGACAGCGAAGAUCCAUUUCGUCUUGUCAAGUCUGCAUUGCUUGUUACUGGUAUUAUGGAUAACAAGAUCCUUGAAUCCAUGGGCUUGCAUAUUCGCACAUGGGCAAAUGUUCCCCGUGGCAGUGGGUUGGGGACUUCCAGCAUCUUAGCAGCAGCUGUUGUGAAAGGACUUCUCCAGAUAACCGAUGGAGAUGAAAGUAAUGAAAAUGUUGCCAGACUUGUUCUGGUUUUGGAACAGCUUAUGGGGACGGGAGGAGGCUGGCAGGAUCAAAUUGGAGGCUUAUACCCUGGCAUUAAAUUUACUGGAAGUUUUCCUGGAAUACCGUUACGGCUUCAAGUCGUUCCUCUGUUGGCUUCUCCUCAAUUGACUAGAGAGUUGCAUCAACGAAUGCUCGUGGUUUUUACUGGUCAAAUUCGACUCGCACACCAGGUCCUACAAAAGGUGGUGAUUCGCUAUCUCCGGCGGGACAACCUGCUUGUGUCCAGCAUCAAGCGUCUUGCUGAACUGGCAAAGGUUGGGAGGGAAGCUUUGAUGAACUGUGACAUAGAUGAGUUGGGUGAGGUUAUGUUGGAGGCUUGGAGGCUGCAUCAGGAACUUGAUCCUUAUUGCAGCAAUGAAUUUGUUGACAAGCUCUUUGCAUUUUCGGCCUGCUAUUGCUGUGGCUACAAGCUUGUGGGUGCUGGUGGUGGGGGUUUUGCUUUGCUACUGGCAAAAAAUGCCGAAUCUGCUAAGGAAUUGAGACAUUUACUUGAAGAAAAUUCUAAUUUUGGCGUAAAAGUCUAUAAUUGGAGCAUCUUUUUACAAACUAGUUGA